UAUUAAUUUAGCUAAAUUUGUAAUGUGAUAAUUUCAUAGUAUUUUGUUUUAAAAUUGGAUUUAGACAGAAUGGUCGCCUCGCCUCUAUAAUUGCUCGCACUGACUGGUCAGCCACUCUAACUAAUUGAGCAACAAAGAUGAACUUUAUUUUUUUUCUCUUGUUUUUUCUCUCUUUUUUGCAGACUCCAAUAGAAGCUGCACAAAAGUCGUAUGUGGUCUACUUAGGAGGCCAUUCUCAUGACUCUCAACUCUCCUCCACACUGGAUCAUACCACUGCAGUUGCUAAUUCACACUAUGAGCUUUUGGGUUCUUGCAUGACAAUAAAGGAGAAGGCAAGAGAGGCUAUAUUCUAUUCCUACGCGAACGCUAUCAAUGGCUUUGCAGCGAUACUUGAAGAUGAAGAAGUCGAAAAGAUUUCGAAGCAUCCGGAGGUUGUAUCGGUUUUUCGGAAUGAAUUAAAAUAUAAACUCGAAACAACAAGAUCAUGGGAGUUUCUUGGAUUAGAAAGGAAUGGAGAAGUCCUUCCUCAUUCUAUCUGGCCAAAAGCAAGAUUUGGGGAAGAUGUCAUUGUUGCAAAUCUUGACAGUGGUGUGUGGCCAGAAUCUGAAAGCUUCAAUGAUGAUGGAAUGGGACCUAUACCGUCAAAUUGGAAAGGUCAUUGUGAUACAAAAGAUGGUGUUAAAUGCAACAAAAAGCUUAUAGGGGCAAAAUACUUUAGCAAGGGCUUUGAAGCUUCAGGCACUGCUUUCAAUUCUUCUGACAUUAGUGCUCGAGACAGAGAUGGUCAUGGCACACACACUCUUUCUACAGCCGGCGGACGGUUUGUUCCGGGUGCUAACCUUUUCGGUUCAGCCAAUGGAACUGCAAAAGGAGGUGCACCCAAUGCUCGAGUUGCUUCGUACAAAGUCUGCUGGUCAGGCUGCACUGAUGCUGAUAUUUUAGCUGGAUUUGAUGCUGCCAUUCAUGAUGGUGUUGAUAUUAUAAACCUUUCGCUUAGUACUCGUCCUGCCCCUUACGCCGAGGACUCCAUUUCGAUUGGAUCUUUUCAUGCUACCAGUAGUGGAAUUGUUGUCGUCGCAUCAGCUGGGAAUCAAGGGGAUGGAGAAGGAGGAAGGGUGCGAAAUGGAGCACCAUGGAUGCUUACAGUUGGAGCGGGUACUAUUGAUCGCAAUUUUACUUCUGAUGCUGUACUUGGAAACAAAAAGACAAUCAAGGGAAGCCUCAGUUUUAAUACCAAUACUUUGCCUGCUAAGAAGUACUAUCCCCUCAUUUACGCUUUGGAUGCCAAGGCCGCCAAUGCUUCUUCUGAUGACGCACAGUCCUGCACUGAAGGAUCACUUAAACCAAGCAAGGUUAAAGGGAAAAUUGUGUAUUGUGCCAGGAGUUUUUCUUUCGACAUUCAUAAAAGCUUUGCUGUGGCUCAAGCUGGUGGCGUCGGAGUGAUCUUUGCUAAAUCUGAAUUAUCAGAUAAAGUUGAACCUCACUUUAUUCCUACUUCAGCUAUUUCUGAAGAAGAUGGCGAACGUAUUCUAUCUUAUAUAAACAGCACUAAGUCACCAAAAGCUUAUAUAAGUGGCGGAACCGUGUAUGGAAAAGCUGCUGCCCCUGCACCCGUCGUGGCUACAUUUUCUUCUACUGGACCUAGUCGGAUUACUCCGGAAAUCCUUAAGCCUGAUAUCUUAGCACCCGGAGUCAACAUUUUAGCUGCAUAUGUACAAAACAAAGGACCAGCUUCUGGAGUUGAAGACCAUAGACAUGUUCCGUUCACUAUUCUUUUUGGAACUUCAAUGGCAGCCCCUCAUGUUGCUGGCAUUGCCGGACUUCUUAAAGCCUUGCAUCCUGAAUGGAGUCCUUCUGCAAUUAAAUCCGCAAUCAUGACCACAGCAAGAACUAGAGAUAAUGUGGGAAAGCCUAUUUUCGCUGAGGAAAAUUUCAAGGCAAGCCCUUUCGAAUAUGGUUCUGGUCAUAUCAUGCCCAACCGAGCAAUGGAUCCAGGCUUGGUUUAUGAUUUAAGUACUAAAGAUUACUUGAAUUUUCUAUGUUCCCUUGGCAACAACAAAACUGAAAUGUCAGUUUUCGACAAGUCAUAUAAGUGCCCGUCGACCAGCAUUAGUCUGCUGAACUUCAACUACCCAACAAUCACUAUCUCUGAUCUCUUGGAUAAUGUAACAGUGACUAGAACCUUAAAGAAUGUAGGAACUCCAGGCGUAUAUAAAGCCCGUGUCCAAGUGCCUAAAGGAUUCUCAAUCGUGGUCGAUCCGAUUAGUUUGAAAUUCGACAAGAUGUAUCAAGAGAAAAGUUUCAAGGUGACAAUAAAAAGAAAUGGAGAAGACAACUUUGGUGUUGGUAGGCUGAUAUGGUCUGAUGGAGAUCACUUUGUGAGGAGUCCCAUUACGAUUUUUUGAAAGCUUGAACUAAUUAAACCUAUAUUCUAAAAUGUUUUUUUUUUUAGUAACGAGGGAACCUCUGGCAGAGCCCGACCACCCUUUAGGGAUAUUCUAAAAUGUUUGCUGCAUUUUUCUUGAUAUCAUAAAAUGUAUUCUAUUCCUUUCUUGAAUAAAGUUGAAUAUUACUCUCUGUGGAGUACAUUGCAAGGCA